UUUUAAGUAAGACCAUCUUCCCGAAGCUAGCAUUGCAUACCAACUUGUUUAUAAAUAUUUUUGAAAUUCAACAAUCAGUUCAGUUAAGAUGGGGUUCUCAACGGUGACACUUCUUUACUUCUUGAUAAAAUGUGCUAGCUCACAGCUUUACACAGUUAACACUGUUGUUGGUUCUAACCUUCCACUUCAUAACUUCUUCCCCCAACAGCCAGGAUAUGUUGAGACAUAUAAUUCUUUACCAUUAAGAGGCAGAGUUCUAGAUGGCAGAUCUGUAGAACUUCCAGUCGGAACAACCAUUCAAGAAUCAGUUCCUGUCAGGCGUAUUGUACGAGUUAAGUCUGAAGUAAAUGCUCAGAAUAAUAAAGCUAGACGUGUUCUAAACUCUGCCAAACCACCAGUAUUGAGACAGCUUGCAUCAAAUCCAGCUAGAAGUAUAGCGAGACAAGAACCCUUGAUUCAAACACCUCCUUUAACUCUUGAACAAACCAGUAGUACCACCACUCCAAUCCCACAGAUAUCUCUAGUGGGAAAUCCAGAGGAAAUCGUUGAUAAAAUCAUAACUGAAACAUCUCUUCAAGGGGGUAAAAUACUUAAGUCAGUGAAAACCCUGAUCAAAAAUCCUUUAAUUGCCAAGCUUUUAGACUCUAACUCCAAGAAUGAUGAUCCAUGUGCAAUUGUUCCAACCAACCUAGAUGUAAUAACUCAGAACCUUAUUGAUGGAGUAACAACCUCCAGAGAAGAAUUGGUUGCUCUGAUCAGAGUAGUCCAGAACAUGAAGGCAGCUGGUAAUGAAACAGUCAAGGUUCUCAGACAUGCUAGCGAGGCUGUCAAGCUUAUGGAUCCACUUAUUCCCAAGUUCUCUAGUGUGUUCAAGGCCAAUGAUGCUUGUGAUUCAAGCAUUAAAUCAACAAUUGGGAGCUUAAACAAAGUAGGAAGUGUGCUUACUACUCUAGGAAAGACUGACAUUGUGGCAAAGGAUGAUUAUACAAAAACAAGAUUUAUUCAAGGAGGGGAAGCUUCCAGAAUAAUAGGAAAAGUAGCAGAGAGCCUUGACUCCAACAGUUUCACAAACCUCUGCUCAGAUUCACCAAGUUUUACACCUGAAGUUUUCAAGGGAGUUGGGGAGAUACUUGGAGGACUAAAUGAUGUUGCCAAAACAUUUGAUGCUGAAUCAGAAGGAAUUAAUACUCAAGAGUUGGAAAAUACAGUAACUCUUCUGACAGAGGGAGCGGAUUUAUUGAAAGAUUUGAACCUGUCAGGAUCUGAAACUGAAUAUGUUCCUGUAUCUUCUCCGUCAUGUUCAACAUCAUUAUCUUCAGUGUCAAAAUCACUUUCUGAGGUGGCCGAGCUUGUAGAGGUUCUGGAUGAAAGUUCCUUCUCUGGUUAAACUGUAAAUUUUAAUCUGAUUUUCCAUUUUGGGGAAAUUAUCUGAAGUUAUGUAAGAAUUGUGCAAUCAAAAUGUAUUAUAUAAAUAAUGUUAUUAUGGA